ACAUUUGUUACACUUUUUGGAAUUUUUUUUCUCCCAGCUGCAGUCUCAUUUAAACCGAAUCAAAGGAACUGCAGCUUAAAAUAAUAAAAUCUCAUCCAAAAACAGAGCUCAGACUCUUAGAAGUAGAAAGUAUUUUCAGUUUAUUCAGCAAAAAUGGGGAAACAUAAGUCCUUGUGUAGCGAUCUGUCUGCAGGCAUCUUCACAUUAGCCUGAGAAUAACUGCAAAGCCAAAUACUCCAAACACACACACAGAGGCGUGAACAAUGGCAUCGGUGCGGUUCACCGUGACGCCAACCAAAGCAGAGGACGUCCCUGGCCUGUCGGACACGUCGCCGGACAUCAGUUCCAGAUCGAGCGGCCGCGUGCGUUUCGGUUCCCGGGAGAGCGUGAAUCGCAGCGAGCCUCCAAGCGAGGCAAGCGGCGCCCUCACCACCUCCGCUGGGACCACAGGAGCUGAUACACCAGACCGCAGUAAUGUCGAGCAAGACGGCCAUGGAAAACUAUCCGGUGUCUACAUCAAUAAUACUCACGGUGUGGACGAUGAUGACUUCUAUGACCGGAACUUGGCUUUGUUUGAGGAGGAGAUGGACACUCGGCCUAAAGUGUCCUUGCUGCUCAGUCGCUUGGCCAACUACACCAACUUGACGCAAGGGGCUAAAGAGCAUGAAGAGGCUGAGAGCAUUGGCGAGAAGAGAAAGGCCAGCAAGUCUCCUCAGAUGGGCACCUUCAUGGGCGUCUACCUGCCGUGUCUGCAGAAUAUUUUCGGGGUGAUAUUGUUCCUGCGGCUCACCUGGGUAGUGGGAACGGCAGGGGUACUGCAAGCGCUCUGCAUUGUCUUCAUCUGCUGCUGCUGUACCAUGUUGACAGCCAUCUCAAUGAGUGCAAUAGCUACCAACGGCGUGGUACCUGCGGGGGGGUCCUACUUCAUGAUCUCUCGCUCCUUGGGCCCAGAAUUUGGGGGGGCGGUGGGGCUGUGCUUCUACCUGGGCACCACCUUCGCCUCGGCCAUGUACAUCCUGGGCGCCAUCGAGAUCCUUCUGAUGUACAUCGUACCGGAAGCAGCAAUAUUUCGCUCAAAUAACGAGGAUGGAGAUGGGGCGGCCAUGCUAAAUAAUAUGCGCGUGUAUGGAUCCAUCUUCCUUCUACUUAUGUCCACCCUCGUCUUUGUGGGUGUCAAGUAUGUCAACAAGCUGGCGUCCAUCUUCCUGGCCUGCGUUAUCGUGUCCAUUUUGUCCAUCUACACUGGUGCUCUGGUUUCCGCCUUCAGUCCACCCACCUUCCCAGUGUGCAUGCUGGGAAACCGCACUUUGCCGACGCAUGCGCUUGGUGACGGACACUGUGCUAAAAUGGUGACGGUGGUGAUGCCGGCAAAUGAGGAGGCCAACGUGACAGCGAAUGCAGCGUCCCCAGAGCCUACAGAGGUGACGACCAAACUUUGGACCCACUUCUGCCAGGGGCCGGAACCUAAUGCCUCCUGCGAUGAGUACUUUGAUCAAAGCAACGUGACCCAGAUUCCUGGCAUCCCGGGCCUGUCCAGUGGCAUUAUCACAGAAAACCUAUGGAGUUCUUAUCUCAGCAAAGGGGAGGUGAUUGAGAAGCAGUCCCUCCCGUCCCCCAACAUUCCUCACUCGCCGUCCAGUCGGCAUCUCUACGUCUUUGCUGAUAUAACCACAUCCUUUACGCUGUUGGUUGGCAUAUUCUUUCCUUCUGUCACAGGAAUUAUGGCCGGAUCCAAUAGGUCCGGGGACCUGAAGGACGCCCAGCGCUCCAUCCCUGUCGGUACCAUACUGGCCAUCCUCACCACAUCCCUUGUCUACCUAAGCAAUGUGGUUCUGUUUGGAGCCUGCAUCGAAGGGGUCGUCCUCAGAGACAAGUUUGGGGAUUCAGUUCAGGGAAACUUGGUGGUGGGCACCCUCUCCUGGCCCUCCCCUUGGGUUAUUGUCAUUGGCUCCUUCUUUUCAACUUGUGGCGCUGGCCUUCAGUCACUCACUGGUGCACCUCGCCUGCUGCAGGCCAUCGCUAAGGACAACAUCAUUCCUUUUCUGAGGGUGUUUGGCCACGGAAAGGCUAAUGGCGAACCUACCUGGGCUCUACUUUUGACGGCUCUAAUUGCUGAGCUGGGGAUCCUUAUUGCGUCGCUGGACCUUGUGGCCCCAAUUCUGUCCAUGUUCUUCCUAAUGUGUUAUCUGUUUGUGAACCUGGCCUGUGCUGUACAAACACUGCUGAGGACACCCAACUGGAGACCUCGCUUCUCGUACUACCACUGGACACUCUCCUUUUUGGGCAUGACGAUAUGCCUUGCCCUGAUGUUCAUAUCGUCGUGGUACUACGCUAUUGUUGCCAUGGUGAUUGCUGGCAUGAUCUACAAGUACAUUGAGUAUCAUGGGGCAGAGAAGGAAUGGGGGGAUGGGAUCAGAGGUUUGUCUCUCAGUGCAGCUCGAUACGCCCUCCUGAGACUGGAAGAGGGACCCCCACACACCAAGAACUGGAGGCCCCAGUUGCUGGUGCUGCUGAAGCUAGAUGAAGAUGCUCAUGUAAAGUCGCCACGUCUUCUCACCUUUGCCUCUCAGCUGAAAGCUGGGAAAGGCCUCACCAUCGUGGGCACUGUCAUCCCUGGAAACUUUCUCCACAGUUAUGGAGACGCGAUGGCAGCUGAGCAGACACUUAAGCAUCUGAUGGAGAAGGAGCGCGUUAAAGGCUUCUACCAAUGCAUCGUGGCCCAGAAACCACGAGAGGGCAUCAAUCACAUGAUCCAGUCCAGUGGUCUUGGCGGUAUGCGCCCCAACACUGUGGUGAUGGGCUGGCCACACGCGUGGCGGCAGAGUGAAGACCCACAAUCCUGGAAGACCUUCAUCAACACGGUACGUGUAACCACAACAGCUCAUCUGGCGCUGCUGGUGCCCAAGAAUAUCUCCCUGUUUCCAACGAACAGCGAGCCUUGCACUGAUGGCACCAUUGAUGUCUGGUGGAUUGUCCAUGAUGGAGGAAUGCUCAUGCUGCUCCCCUUCCUCCUUCGGCAACAUAAGGUGUGGAAGAAGUGUGGCAUGCGGAUCUUCACAGUCGCCCAGAUGGAAGACAAUUCCAUCCAGAUGAAGAAAGAUCUGGCCACUUUUCUGUACCAUCUGCGUAUUGAUGCUGAAGUGGAGGUUGUGGAGAUGCAUGACAGCGAUAUCAGUGCCUACACUUACGAGCGCACGCUCAUGAUGGAGCAGAGAUCACAGAUGCUCCAGCAGAUGAGGCUCUCCAAGUCCGAUAGAGAGAAAGAGGUACUAAUGUGUCCAGAAUUCAGAGCAGUGGGAGUGAACAACAACCAUUUCAGCAGCAGAGGGAGCCAGGCUCAGCUGGUAAAGGACAGAAACUCCAUGCUGCGUCUGACCAGCAUCGGUUCUGAUGAUGAUGACGACACCGAUGCUGGAAUGGAGAGAAUCGGGAGCGGAGGAUCUUCAGAGCAUCGCCGCGUACAUAUGACUUGGACUAAGGAGAAGGCGUUACAAGUUCGCGCCCAGUCUGGCAGCAAUACUCCUGAAGGGUUCCGGGACAUGCUGAGCAUCAGACCGGACCAUUCCAACGUGCGGCGCAUGCACACAGCAGUCAAGCUUAAUGAAGUCAUCGUGAACAAAUCUCACGAUGCUCGACUGGUACUGCUGAACAUGCCGGGACCACCAAAGAACCCAGAAGGCGAUGAGAACUACAUGGAGUUCCUGGAGGUGCUGACCGAGGGUCUUGAGCGAGUCCUUUUGGUUCGAGGGGGGGGAAGUGAGGUCAUCACCAUCUAUUCUUGAUGGCUUCUCAAAGAAUUGCAUCGUCAUGUGAAGUUGUUAGCAGGGCAGAAGCCUUUAGGGUGCAGCCCUUCAUUCAGACAAGGGGCAAGAGGGAAACAUCUCAUCUGCUGUGACAUAAGAAGACAUGUCAUUGGCUGUGUUUCUGGAAGGCUGUCGCUCUACAAAGGUAGUCUUUGAGCAUCUUUGUAGUGUCUUUGCUUUCCUUCAGUAUAUUUAAAAACUACAAUGAGCCCAUGCAGUUCCAAAAAUAAACAUGUAUUUAUAUAUGUGUGUGUCUGUAUGAAGCCUGUGUGUUCAGGGACCAGUCAUGAGUGUGUGUGUGUGUGUGUUGUCAAGGACCAGUGAAAAGACCAUACAGAGCGGGGAUAGAAAAAUAGCUUCACUUAGCAGGUCAUUCUGUAUGAAUCUUGGAGCCAAGAAGUAGUUAAUGUGCUGUAGCUGGUAGAAACUGGGUAUCAAUGGUAAGGAUGAGGUUUGUCUGUGUGAGGGAAAGUGUUUGUUAAACUACAAUGGAGAACACUGGAAUGGGGAAAUGCAAUGUGUACCAUCCUGGUCUUUUCCUGCACUGCUGCCUGGUUCACGCUAGCGUUCCAAGUCACCGUUGUUGCAUGUUCCACUGAGGCGUGAGUGGGAGCAAGUGUGUGUGGACUUUGGCAGUUUUGCUGUGUCCCUGUUCCUUUUGUUUCACAACUGUGUCCUACCAAGAGGACAAUAUUUUCAUACUAAUGUUUGAUUUGUCUGCUGGGGGGGUUUAUGUCAGUCAUUCCUGCUGCAACUAGCUCCUUUGCUAUGUUCACAAAGGGACAGUUUCUGGGCUGUGCUUUAACUUCCUGCUAUUUUCACUCUUCUGGCUCUUGCAUGGAGUAAACUUAGAAAUGGAACAAAGAAAUUCCUGAUUUCAGGCCAGCGAACUUCUUGCAUUGGCCUUUCUAGAGGAGAAACCAUGCAUGUGAAGUUCUAACUGUUAUCUGCAAUAGUGCUCCUUGUGCCACAUUCUCACUGACCAAUUGCCAGGAGUACCUUUCACCUACUUCAGCGGUGGGGAGACACUAUAUUGUCACUCAAAUUUGAUCUGUAUUGAAUUUUAUGGUGCCCUGUGGGUUUAAUUGCAAGAAGCUGUAAGGGUCAACACAAUGUGAUUUAUUCCUGUAAUUGCUAGUGUAAGUUUGAUUUCACUGUGCAGGGGUAUGUUUUCCUCUGCAUAUUUUUGUUGUACAUAAACAGAAAAUCCAUGUUUUAUCUUUUUUAUUGUUCAGAAGACUGCUUAAGAAAUGGCAAUAAACACAAUUUUGAAAAA